UUCGGGACACAACUACGUACUUCCGAGUGGGACGAAAUUACACGUCAGAUGAAUGAGAAUCGUUGCUGGGCUCGAUUUGUGUAAAUCAAUUUCAAGUUUUAUUUUCAAGUUGUGCACGACGUGCAUGUUCAGAGAUAUAAAGUAAAAAUGUCCAACUCUGUAAUCUCCGUCAUAUCUCGGUUCUUGGAGGAAUACACGACCAGUACGUCGAACAAGCUGAAACUGGUCGAUGCUUACCUGCUGUACAUCUUGCUAACUGGAGCGUUGCAGUUCUUGUACUGUUUGUUGGUUGGCACGUUCCCAUUCAACAGUUUUUUGUCCGGCUUCAUCUCGUGUGUCGGUUCCUUCAUUCUUGGAGUUUGCCUCCGUAUCCAGAUCAAUCCUCAGAAUAAAGGCGACUUCCUGACGGUGUCCCCCGAGCGAGCAUUCGCUGACUUCCUGUUCGCUCACACAGUCCUACAUCUGGUAGUGAUGAACUUCAUUGGAUGAAUUGGUUCUGUACGGUUGACCUCAGCUGAUCAGAUGCCUCCACUCUACAGCCUUACCGGAAAAUCAUCAGAAACAUGGGAACAUGGCUUUGUGACAACAGCAUGAAAACAUGGAAUUGUGGAAUUGCAAUGGCCAGUGGAAACAACCACUCUGAUCUUAGCCUGAUUGGAAGAAAUAACAGCUGAUAGAAUUUUGCACAACCAACGAUGUUGCAGUUUGCAUGUUUUUGUUUGUUUUCUUCUUUGUUUUGUGUCUACUUUUUAUAACAUGUUUCCUAUGUGUUGGCACUGAAAUAAAGUGAGUCAACUAAA